GGCGCUCCGAUCGACUGGGCUGCCACGUAAUGUUGUGUGUCCCCUCGACGAGGUACGUCUCUCCAACAAUUAACGGCGAAUUACACCGUAAAAAGUGCAAUGCACGUCACUUGGUGCAGUGAAAUCUAAACUUUUGUUUCUUCUUGCCGUGAUAACCUCGUCGAGAAGCGACGUUUGGAAAUCAGCAACAUGUCCCAACCAACAGACUACCAAUAUCGUACAUAUGGCAGUGACAGUAACCUGAAGAGUGCUCCCCCACAGAUGGUAAAUGGCCAGGCAAGCGCAACACACCAUAAUGGCAUGCAAUCCACAAAUUAUAAUUUCACAGGUGUUCCAUCUUCACAAUCAUCACGAGAUCCAUCUAGAGAAACAUCAAGAGAUCCAUCACCAACACCGUACCUUUACAAUCAAUACAGAUCACCGUUACCUCGUCCACAAAUGUCCCCCUUAAUCAAUGGCCAACAAAAUUCAAUGAAUCCUGUAAUGCCACCACCAGUAAGGCUACCACAGAGUCAACAACAACCACCAAUGUAUAAUGUUCAGAAUCAAUUUCAAGUGCCUGCGACGCAGCAUCCGCCGCCUCCAAGAGAUGAUGUAGUAAAUUCGCAAAUGGAACCACCGAAACCACCAAUUGCUGGAUUCGAUCAGAAUUUACCGCCGAAUCCGGCGUUAGAAGCGAAACCUUACAAAGUUGAUAGUCAAGAUAAUAUGGUACAAGGAGCACAGGUCUAUUCACAAGAGCAAAACAAGUUUCCAAAUCCUAUGCAAUCAUUCAGAGCCCCAUCAAAGCCCCCUUAUCAACAAAAUUUCGGAGGACAAAGGAUGUACGCAAAGAAUGCACAUGUUAUGCAACAUGCUGCCACAGUACCAAAUACAAUGUCUUAUGGAUCGGUUGGAAGUGGACCUCAGAUACAAGCAAAGCCUCCUCUACAAACUACGGCAGCUGGAUAUCCUCUUCCACAGCGGACGUAUCCAAUUCAACAACCAAAUACAAUGACCAUGCAGCUUGAUCCAAUGAGUAAACAAUAUCCACAACAAUAUCCCGACCAAAUGAAUCAGUUGAAUAACCAAAUGAAUAUGAUGUCUGUUGCACAAGCUGGUUAUAAUAAACUAUGGGGAAUGGAGAAUAUCGAUCUUCUGCAGUGCAGAAAUGUUUUGCCUGCAGAAAAAGUAGAUCCACCAAAAAUUAAGCUUCACCAAGAAUAUCUAGAGAGUAUUAAUUGUAGUCCAGAUAUUUUUCGCUGUACACUCACCAAGAUACCAGAAUCCAAUGGAUUACUACAGAAAUCUAGGUUGCCUCUGGGAGUUUUAAUUCAUCCGUUUAAAGAUUUAAAUCAUCUACCAGUAAUACAGUGCAGCACGAUCGUGCGAUGUCGUGCCUGUAGAACCUAUAUCAAUCCAUUUGUAUACUUCAGUGACUCAAAGAGAUGGAAGUGCUGUCUCUGCUUCAGAAUAAACGAAUUACCAGAAGAAUUUCAGUUUGAUCCUGUUACAAAUACCUAUGGUGAUCCGUCGAGACGACCAGAAGUGAAAACGAGCACAAUCGAAUUUAUUGCGCCUAGCGAAUACAUGCUCCGCCCACCUCAGCCAGCUGUAUAUCUGUUUGUUUUGGACGUUUCGAGGUUGGCAGUGGAAAGUGGUUACUUGAAUAUAGUGUGCAAUGCAAUAUCAGAAGAAUUGUCAAGAUUGCCAGGAGAUGGUAGAACACAGAUCGGAUUUUUGGCAGUGGACUCUGCAAUUCAUUUCUUCAGCAUACCUGACAACGUAUCACAGCCUCAAGAAAUGAUUAUGCUAGAUAUAGAUGAUGUUUUCCUGCCAUGUCCAGAAAAUUUAAUAGUCAAUUUAAAGGAACGCGAGGAAUUAAUCAGGGAUCUCUUGGCUCAGUUACCGACCAAAUUCCAAGGAACACACGACACGAACAGUGCUUUGGGCGCGGCAUUGCAAGCUGCGUAUAAACUUAUGUCAUCAACCGGUGGACGCGUGACCGUCUUCCAAACUUGUUUGCCAAACGUGGGUCCUGGACUAUUACAAGCCAGAGAGGAUCCUAACAGCAGAGCAAACAAGGACGUACCACACUUGAAUCCAGCUACAGACUUCUACAAGAGAUUAGCAUUGGACUGUAGUGGACAGCAGAUAGCAGUCGACCUAUUCCUAUUAAAUAGCCAAUAUUGUGAUUUAGCUACACUUUCUGGUAUGUGUAAAUUUUCUGGGGGUUGCAUAUACCACCUUCCGUUGUUCCGAGGUUCGAAACCACAGAAUGCAGAAACUCUUGACAGAAUACUCAGACGCUAUCUCACGAGAAAAAUUGGCUUCGAGGCGGUAAUGAGAAUACGAUGCACUCGCGGCUUGAGCAUUCACACUUUCCAUGGAAAUUUCUUCGUGAGAUCUACGGAUCUACUUAGUUUGCCUAAUGUAAAUCCAGACGCUGGUUUUGGAAUGCAAAUCUCCAUCGAGGAGAAUCUUUCGGACGUCCAGAGUGUAUGUUUCCAGGCAGCUUUGCUUUACACGUCGAGUAAAGGUGAAAGAAGAAUCAGGGUACACACAUUGAGUUUGCCAGUCGCUACUAAUUUAUCAGAUGUUCUCCAUUCCGCUGAUCAACAGUGCAUAGUAGGCCUACUUUCUAAAAUGGCUGUGGACAGAUCUCAGCAGUCCUCUCUAUCAGACGCGAGAGACGCUUUGAUAAACGUGGCCAUAGACGUGCUGUCAGCUUACAAAGUGUCUCAACCAGCCAUGACUGGUGGUCUUAUGGUUCCAGGAAGCUUGAAACUACUGCCUCUUUAUAUUAUUGCUCUGCUCAAAUGUAUUGCCUUCAGGUCAGGAAUGAGUACAAGACUCGAUGACCGAGUGUUCGCAAUGUGUCAGUUGAAGACUUUACCGUUGUUCCAAUUGAUCCAGAUGAUCUAUCCGGAUCUAUACGCGGUACACGCGCUGGAGGAUCGAAACGCGAAAGAUAUCGACGGAAAACUUUGUCCCCAACCAGCUAGGCUGCAUCUUUCUGCUGAAAAGAUACAUUCAAGGGGCGCUUUUCUCAUGGACGCAGGUGACCGGAUAUUCAUUCUGAUCGGCAAGAACAUUCACCCUACGUUUUGCUGCAAUGUACUUGGGGUCACUGGUUUUGCUUCGAUACCGGAUGAAAUUUAUGAGUUACCAGAGAUCGACACACCAGAAAACGAAUUGUUGCGUAAUUUUGUAUUUAGCUUGCAAGAGGAGAAACCUUAUCCUGUUUCUGUCCAAAUUAUUCGAGACGACAGCCCUUUCCGGACGCUCUUUAUUGAACGAUUAGUCGAGGACCGCUUUGAGUCCGCAUUGAGUUACUACGAAUUUGUGCAACAUCUCAAGACUCAAGUGAAAUAAUGAUAAAUGAGCUCGGGUUUUGGCUGAGAAACAGAAAAAUGAAACUUUAACGUGUAAAAGCCAUUGUUGAUUACAGUGAAAGUGUUUAGCAAUCGUGAACUGUGUUAAAGAAUCUGAACUUCAUGAAAUGAUUGUUUAAUCGGUUGAUUAGAAUGGAACACUUAGGAAUAUAAAACCCAUUAUAUAAAUAUACAAUAUAUAUAUGUAUAUACGUGUGUAUAUACAUAUACAUAUACAUGCAAAUACAAGGUUUCCUAUUCUAAUCUUCUACCGCUGUUAUUUCCCAAAUUACACGUUAUUCGUAUAAUGUCUUUAAUAAAACUCACUGGGUUCUAAGAGGUACCUGCUAUAAUUUGGAUCUCUGUUUAAGACAAGUAGAUCAUUCCGAUACGAAGUUAUUGACCCUCGACAUCUUCUAAUGUCUCUCAAGGUCGAUUAGAAUAAUUUAAGUCAUGCAAUUUACAUGCAAUGUAAGUUUGAUUUAAAAGAUACUCUUCUAAUAACGAACAAUUUGGAAGAUAAAUGCGUGAAAAGAUUAAAACGGAACACUCUGUAUAAAAGGUAUACACACAUUUAUAUGUAUAUGUUCAUAUACAUGUAUGUAUACCGAUGGAUAUAUACAUGUAUACAUUUAUGUACGUAUACGUAUGUAGGAAUGAAUGUUAUUAUUGUUUUAAGAGGUGUUGAAGCAUUUAAAUAUAAUUUAAUUGUAAUUAUUAUUAUUUUAACAUCACAAUGAUUACUAUAACGAUUAUUGUUACCUUGAUUAGUUGCAGUACUUUUUCUAGGCAGUCCGGUCUCUUUUUCUGUAAAUGCUUUUCUAUUCUAUAAAUUAAAUUGUCAAUCGAAUUUUGUACGGCAUAUGGAAUUUUCUCGUAUUAGUGUUUUCAAAUUCAAAGGAUUUCUGCACCGGGGGAGGCAUUUUAUGAAACUGUUGUAAACCCGUCUUUUUUUGUUUAAAUUAAUUAUUUUAUACAUAAUCUGUACGUUUUAAGUGUAAUAUACUUUUUCGAUAUAACUAGGUAGCCAAUUUUGUUUUUUUUUUCGACUUGAAAAUACUUUUGUAAAUAAUUGAUUCUAUUUUUCUGUGUCUGGGACAAACGAUUUUAAAAUAAAUUGAAACUUUAACGUA